AAUAAUAAUAUUAUGGCAUCUUCUUUAGGGAGUUGGAAGUAUGAUGUGUUUCUUAGUUUUAGAGGUAAAGAUACCCGCAAGACCUUUGUUGGCCAUUUCUAUUCUGCUCUUCAACAACAUGGAAUUCUUACUUACAAGGACGACGUAUUACUUGACCGGGGUGACACCAUCGGUCUAUCCCUCUUAAAAGCUAUUGGAGAAUCACAUAUUUUGGUGAUCUUAUUUUCUGAAAACUAUGCGGAUUCUUCGUGGUGUUUGGAUGAGCUUUCACAAAUUAUGAAAUGCAGGGAUAGUGAGACAGGGCAAAUUGUUUUGCCCAUAUUCUAUCACGUGGAUCCCUUUGAUGUCAGGAAACAAAAAGGGAAAUAUGGAGAAGCAUUUGCCAAACACGAGUUGUCAGAAAACAACAAGAACAAAGUUGAAUCUUGGAGAAAAGCACUUUUUGAUGCAAGUAAUAUUGCUGGAUGGGAACCCAAGCACGUCGCCAAUGGGCAUGAAUCAGAAUGCAUCCAAGAUAUUGUUGGUUCCAUUUUAGAUAGAUUGUCAUCUUUGGAUUCACCGGUUGAGGAUGAAAACCUAGUUGGAAUGGAAACUCGAUUAGAACAGUUGAGAUCCCAUUUAAGCAUUGGGUUGGGUGGUGUGCGAAUGGUUGGGAUAUGGGGGCUUGGAGGUGGUGGUAAGACCACUCUUGCGUUUUCUGCAUAUAUUAAACUACGUGUGCAUUUUCAUGGCCACUGCUUUAUAGAAAAUAUUAGGGAAAAGUCACAACAAAUAGAUGGCUUAAAAAAACUGCAAGAAGCAAUACUAUCAGAAGUUUUGAAAACACAAGAGUUGUUGACGAGUGUAAAAGAAGGAAGAUGCAAGAUUCAUAGUAUGUUAUGUCGUAGGAAUGUGCUGAUUGUUCUUGAUGACGUCGAUCAUCUCGACCAACUAAAGGCAUUAGCCGGGUGUCAUAAAUGGUUUGGUGAUGGGAGUCGAAUAUUAAUUACCACCAGGGAUCACCAUUUGCUGACAAUUCAUAAGGUAGACGUGGUCUCUCAUAUCAAUUUAUUAUCACAUGAUGAAGCUAUUCGGCUCUUAAAUAAACAUGCAUACUAUGAAGAUAAACCUGUACCAGAUUAUGAGGUGCUUUCAAAAAAGGUUGUUAAAUAUGCUGCUGGGCUUCCCUUAGCCCUGAUUGUUUUGGGUACUUUUUUGCAUGACAAAGACAAGGAUGAGUGGCUUAGUACACUGGCUAGACUAAAAGAUCAUCCAGAAAUGGAUAUUGUGGAAAAGCUUAAAAUCAGCUACGAUGGACUUAAACCUGUGGAGAAAGAGUUAUUCUUGGAUAUUGCAUGUUUCAACAGGGGAACAAAGGAAGGUGAUGCAAUGGAAAUUCUUGAUGCUUGUGGUUUUUACCCUGAUAUAGGGAUAAAGAUAUUGAAACAGAAGGCUCUUAUAACUAUUUCAAAAGAUGGCAAGAUUGAUAUGCAUGAUCUAGUUCAAGAAAUGGCACAUUACAUUGUUAGAGGGGAACAUCCCUACAAUCCUGAAAAACAUAGCAGGGUUUGGCAAUACAAAGAUAUUGAAGACAUGUGUUCCAGGAAUGCAACACUGGAAAAUGAUAAGAUUGAAGCCAUAGAAGUGAAUCUUGAUGGUUGUUCAUCUAACUUCAUCUUGCUUGUCUCAAAUAUGAAGAAACUAAGAUUCCUUAAUGUGACAAGUCCGUUUGAGAUCAACUAUGAUGAAGGGACUACGUUUCUUUCUUUUCUUUUUGAAAGGCUGGGAUAUUAUUGCAACUUAGCUAAAUGUUUAUCAAAUGUACAUAUGAGUGGGUCUCCAAAGAGGAUCAAACAAAGCAAAACAUAUGGUAUGGAGUUGAGGUAUAUAGACUGGAAUGGUUAUCCUGCGAGUCUAUUCUCUGAACAUUUUCAACCAAGGAAGCUUGUUGUUUUAAAAAUGCAUCUACCAUGUUUGAAAGAGCUGGAGCUUGUUGGUGCAAGAGAACUAGUGAGGACACCUGAUUUUGGUGGACUCCCAUUUCUUCGGAAGUUAGUACUCGUUGGAUGUGACAGUUUAAAAGAGAUUCAUCAAUCACUAGGAAAUCAUUCAAAUCUUGUUUACCUAUCUAUAAUUCAGUGUGAGAAGCUCACAAGGUUUCCGAGCAUUGUUGGGAUGGGAAAACUGGAGAUUCUUAGAAUCUCACGUUGCAAAGCACUUGUUGAGUUUCCAAAGAUCAAAGCAAAUAUGGAAAACUUGGUGGAGUUAUAUUUGAAUGAAGUUGGGAUAGAAGUCCUACCCUCAUCGUUGGGAGAAUGUUUUACUAACCUUAGUUCGAUAAAGUUGGAAUGGUGUUCAAAGUUAAAGAGCAUUGAAGGUGACUUUUAUGCAUUAAAAUGUCUAGAGAAUUUUCAUGUUAAUAUCUAUAACUUGGGGAGUAAGAUUGGAAUAGGUAAUCUUACUCACUUGCCACUCUCCUUAAAAAAGUUGGAUCUGAGUUGGUGUAAUUUAAAAGAUGGAGAAAUACCCUCUAAUAUUGGUGAGUUAUCCAACUUAAAAGAGCUACAUCUAAGAUGUAAUAAUUUUACACGAUUAGAUUUCAGCCUCUCCAGACUUACUUGCCUCAUACUCCUCGAUCUGAUUGGUUGUGAAAAUCUCGUCGAAUUGCCUGAGCUCCCAUCAAGUGUAGUAAUUCUUCAUAAUACCUUGUCUCCUUGGCCUCGUUGUUGGGAGGGGAUGUAG